CUGAGUUAGAAUAUUGGUGUUCCAAUAAAGCGGUAAUCUGAUUGGUUAUUGAGCAUACGCUGUUUGUUAUUAAUCGAAAUGGUAAUAAUAAUGAAUCCAUAGACGAAAUAAAGUAACUGUGCUUUUUGUUCCCCUGCAUUGUACCGAACUAUCCAGAAUAGUUGGAUUCGUAAGAUAUGUUUGAAACUUGUGAAACACAAGAAUAUUGCGACUUAAAUUUUGGUGGCGGCAAUUGUCAGUCAAACCAGACGCAUCAACCAAGUUUUCUUGCGCACGUGUAAAACGAUCGAAUUGCAAGUAAAGAAAUAAUUUGUGCAAAAUGGUGUGUUUAGAUGUAAACGUGCCAGAUCCAUUUGAAAUAGUAGUGGGGACGUAUGAGCAAUAUUUACUCGGUUAUAAAGUGAAUAAUAUCGUUAAUGAGUACAAAAUGGAAAGAACUUUUGCAACGCAUAGUCAUAUAGCCAGUGUUCGCAGCAUCGCAACUAAUAAACAUUAUUUAGCUUCCGGAGGUGCAGAUGACUCUAUCUGUCUAUACGACAUGCAUCACAGAACAGAGUUUGGUAAACUUGUUCAUCACAAUGACACAGUGAAUUGCAUCACAUUCACUCCGAAAGCAACUCAUAUGUUUACAUGUAGUAACGAUGGUAGCAUAGCUGCGAUACGAUGCGGUAAUUGGCAAAUUGAAAAACAUUGGAGAACCGCACACAAAGGAUUAGCUGUGAAUACGGUGGCUAUUCAUCCUACAGGAAAAAUUGCAUUGUCGACUGGAGCAGAUGGAAUCCUUCGAACUUGGAAUUUAGUAAAAGGGAGGCAAGCAUACGCAACCAACUUAACGCCUAGAUUAAAAUUAGAUGCUCGCAACGUGACUGUUCUUAAAUGGAGUCCUAAUGGGGAAAAGUAUUUGUUAGCUGUGAAUCAACAAAUAGACAUAUAUUCCAUUGAAUUGGCGGGAAUCGAUAGCAAGAUUAAGUUGGAUACAAAAAUUGUUUGCGUAGAAUUUUUAAAGGACGACCUGAUCGCUGUAGGGUUAGAGAAUGGUCAAAUUCGUUUCUACGAUCUUGAAAAAUCAGAACAAACCGUAGAAGCGAUUGCUCACGAUAUUCGAGUGAAAUGUAUGAGUUUCAUGGGGGAUCUGUUGGUCACCGCUUCUAGUUCCGGCGAAAUAAAGCUUUGGAGAUAUAGUAAAAAUAGCUUAGACAUGUUACAGAGCGUGAAUUGUGGCGCUAGAAUCACAUGCUUGACCCUCACGAUCGCGUGCAAUAAUUUUCUUCGCGAUAAAGAAGUUAAAUUGGAAGAGGAGAAAGAAGAAGUUGAAAAGAGGAAGUUCAGAUUUCGGCAGGAAGUCGUUGUCGAGAAGGAAGGUGAUUGGGAUGUAACGCCAAUCGAAGUUGUUCAGUCGGGUUUGGCUGACAAAAACAAGAAAAAGAGAAGAUACGUGGUAGAAGCAGAUCACCAGACAGUUGCUGAUAAGAAACGGAAAGAGUCAACAACGUUAGAGAAGAAGAAGAAAAAGAGGAAAGAAAGCGUCGAAGAAGAAGAGCGUGAUAGAGUCGAGAGCAUUCCAAAGAAAAAAAAGAAAGUGAGAAAGGAUUGGGUCAUCGAAGAUGAAAAGAAUAAAAUGAAGAAGAGAAAGAGAAACAUUAUUGCUACGGAACAAACAGACGGUUCAUCGGUGAAAAAGGCGAAGAAAGCUAUAAGAUUCGAGAACGAAAAUACGCCGGGAACAAAUGAUGUAACAGCGAAUAGUUUAAAAACGAAAUCGAUACGAUCGGAGAAAAAUGACGACAAGAUAUCUGUCAAAAAGAAAAGAAAAUCAUUCAAGCAACUCGAAGCAAUUGGAGUGACUUUGAAGAAAAAGAAGAAAAAGUGAAGCAGCAAAUUGGUAUUAAACACGCGAUGGAGAAUAGGCUGGGUCAGUUUGAAAACUGUAAUUCAUUUUCUAUCAAAUAAUAUAUACAUGUAGAUCUAUGAUCUAUAAGUAUGUCAUCAAGUUACACAUUAGUUUCUACGAAUCAGUCUGUCCCAAACUCGAUACGUUUUGAUGUAAAUGUAUCACAGGCGUGCGUAUACCCGAAUAUCGUAACGUGUACGAACUUGCGAUAUUACUUAUUCUGUAAUGUUCGUUUAAGUGAUACCAUCUUCUUUAUCGUUUUUAUCGUUCACCACAAAAUACACUUAUUGACUGGAUUCAUUGGACUUCCGAUCGGACAAUUCCACGCUUUUGCGAAAUUUGCGUUGUUCGACAGUGUUCCGAUAACUCUGAAGUGAUUCGGCGGGUGUACUCUUUCUAUCAGUAUCGAUUUUAACGCACUAUUAGUAUAAUUGCCACACCAUACCUGUAAAUUCAAGAUACGCGUGUACAUAGAGCAUAAAGGAUUGUAAUGCAUAUUUGUUGUGUCAAGUUUCAUUCUGUUGACAUUAGUACUAAAAAUGUUGAGUAUUCUGUUUGGAAAGUAGAUGAAAAAUAAAGGGCAGAGAGAAAAUGAAAAGGAUGAAGAUGAAGAUAUGGUAAUUCAGAAAUUGGUCGGAUAUCGGCAGUUCUAAGGAAACUGACUUGCGCGAAACCUAAGAAGAAAAGCUGGUCCUGAGUGUAUCCGGCAAAUCCAGGCAAAGUUCUACUGACGGUGUCAGAUCGGGCUUUGUGCUUUUGGUAUGCUCUGUAAGCUUCUCGUAUGCCGCCGUUGUCCGCAAUAUUUUCUCCCUGCGUGUUCACACCGUUUACCUGCAAGUUAAACACGUAUUGACUCGUUAUCGGUGUAUUGCUGUGUAUCGAGCCUUGACAUGCAUACUCUUCCGCUUCCAUCAAGCAUCGAUGCUUACCGUGAAAUUUUCGCCCAACUCCGGCACUCGGUAGUUACCAUAUUGUUUGAUUAUGCAUUCGACUUUUUUCUGAUAAUGUUGCAACGUUUCCUCACUCCACCAUUGCCUCACAUUUCCUGCCUCGUCGUACCUACGACCUUGGCAAGGCAAAAAAGGAAGUUGAAAAUUAGUUGAAAAAUUUGAAAUUGUACGAAAAAGUGGAUAACGAAUUGUUAUCG